AGAAGCUUAGAACUGAAGCUUUCAUCUUUCACUUAAACAACUACAACCCAACCAAACAGAAAAACAACAACGCCAAUUCUGAAUUAAUCCUUGCUGAUACCUUCUCACUUACCUCCCAUUACAAUUAUACCAAGGAGAGGAUAUCUGAGAACAACAUCAUACCAUGAACGUCGACACUAUCGCCGACUUCCUCGCCGAUCAGCGGGACGAAACCCCGGACGAGCUCCAAUAUCUCAUCAUCCAGUUCGAGAAUUACUGGGAGCGCAAGUUAUGGCACCAACUCACCGACGCCCUCAUCGAGUUCUUCGCAAACCCCAAGAGCGAGCCUCAACGGCUCAAGUUCUAUAAGGUAUUCAUAUUAAAGUUCGCUGAUAAGAUCAACCAACUUAAGCUCGUCGACUUGGGCCUGAAGGCUGCUACGCAAUGUAGAGAUGACCAAGAACGUCUGACUUUCCUCACAUCCCUAGCCAAGAAGGUCGACAACGAGAACUCCCAAGACGCCUUCGUCUACGCCACUGCCGCCGUCGCCCGUGUUGAGUUGGAUCUACGAGACCUCGAAGCAUCCCGGAAAAACCUCGACAAGGCCGAGCGCAUUCUCGACUCCUUCGACAGCGUCGAGACCAAGGUCCACGCUGCCUUCUACCAAGUCAACGCCAACUACUACCAGGCCAAGGCCGACUUCGCCUCGUAUUACCGCAACGCCCUCCUCUACCUCGCCUGCAUAGACCUAUCGUCGCUAUCCCCCGACGAGCGCAAGGCCCGUGCCUACGACCUGGGUAUCGCCGCCCUCGUUUCGGACUCUAUCUACAACUUCGGCGAGCUGCUGCAGCACCCUAUCCUCGCCGCCUUGACCGGCGACGUCGCUUGGUUGCAGGAGCUGUUGCUAGCCUUCAAUCGGGGGGACCUAGCGGCCUACGACGUGCUGUCGGGCCACAUCUCGAGCAACCCGCUCUUGAAGGAGCACGUCGAGGACAUCCGCCAGAAGAUCUACCUCGCGGCCCUGACGGAGAGCGUGUUCCGGCGGCCGCCGCACCAGCGCGCCAUGAGCUUCGGCACCAUAUCGGCUGACACCAAGGUGCGCAAGGACGAAAUCGAGCACCUGGUCAUGAAGGCCCUCAGCCUGGGCCUCGUGCGCGGCACUAUCGACGAGGUCGACGAGCUCGUCAACUUCACUUGGGUCCAGCCGCGCAUCCUCGACAUGGGCCAGAUCGCCAGCAUGAGCCAGCGCCUGGGCGAGUGGGGCGAGAACGUGAACAAGCUCGGCAACUGGAUCGAGGCUACCGGCCAGGAUAUCUGGGCUCCCUGAUCUUUGCGCGAAUGCGGGUGGUCUAAGCAAAGAGUAGAUGGAUGAAUGGAUUCAAUUGCUAUGUAAUAGGCAAAGACUCGGGAAAGAAAAAAAAGGGAGAGGCGAAGAAAAGAGGGAAAGAGAAAGAGAAAUCUUUUUCUCCCCUGGUUGCGUCUCCAGCAGGGUCUGAGCCUUGUAUGAUAGAUACAUACUAAUAGACGACGUGCGGUCCGGAAGAGAGGACCGCGAGUCUUGCUAUAACGCAAUUGAGUUCGUUGAGACAUUGACAGAGGUGUCAGCUUUGCGUACGUGAUGUGAUAAUCGAGACCGCGCAGCCGUCUUGUGGUAAAAGGGGGUAUGACAACUAAUUGGCUUACCUCUUUUUAUCCUCGAGUUGUAGAUGGGAGGCGUCUAUAUCUCCUUGCCUGGUAACGGGACUGAUAUUCCUUGAUUACAAUAUUAGCAC